GUGUGUCGGCGAAGCAGGCAUGCCUCUCUUGAAUGGUCACUGCGGUAGACGAUGCCUUGCCCCAAUGAAUGGCUAGGUCCUUAGAUCUUCAUGCAAUUGUGAUGUGUUCGGCAGUCAUCUUGGUAUCCUGUGCAGAGGUAAGGUCGUUCAUCCGUACAUUCGACAUGAACCUCUCUCUAGCGCCAUGUGGAAGGUCUAGGUUCGAUAUUGCGUUCAUCCAGACCCAUCCCCAUGACGACGUGCCCUUCUCACGAAGACUUGUCGAACUGUCAUGUGGGAACUUGAAUGGUACAUGCCCUGCGGCUUCU